AUGAGCGACAACUUAGAAAAAUUUUCGACUGUUGACCUGUUGAAUGAAUUGAAAAGAAGAUACUCAUGUUUAAGUAAACCGGAUGGAAGGUACAUCUUUUUGGGAGCCCCUGGUUCGGGAAAGGGAACGCAAUCGCUAAAUCUGAAGAAGUCGCACUGCUACUGCCAUUUGUCUACAGGAGACCUACUAAGAGAAGCAGCGGAAAAGAAAAAUGAUCUAGGAAAUAAAAUCCGAAAUAUUAUCAAUGAAGGAAAGCUGGUGGAUGAUGAUGUGGUGCUAACUUUGGUAGACGAUAAGUUAAAAUCACCACAAUGUAAAAAGGGAUUUAUCCUUGAUGGUUAUCCAAGAAAUGUGAAACAAGCGGAAGAUUUAAAUAAGUUGUUACAAACGAAUCAAAUGAAACUGAAUGGAGUUUUCUACUUUAACGUCCCAGACGAUGUACUAGAUGAUAUAACGAAUGAGCCCUUAAUACAGAGGGAAGACGAUAACGAAGAAGUUUUAAAAAAAAGACUCAACGUUUUUAAAAGUGAAACAACUCCUUUAAUCAAUUAUUAUAAAAACAAAAAUUUAUUAAUCAAUUUGGACGCAACACAGCCUGCAAAUGAUCUCGAAAAAAAGAUAUCGCAGCAUAUAGGUGGAUAA